AUGAGCGGUAUCGAUCGGGAGAACACUAAGGUGGUCUCGACAAUGUCCUUAACGAGCAAAGUCGAUUGUAACGGCAAGAUUGACCUACCAACGGAUGGAUCUGCUGUCUUUAGUUCAAUACAGGUGUAUAAGCAAGAAGUGAACUCCAUCACGGACAACGUGUGCAACAGCAGUUCAGGAGGUAGUGCGAACGCAGUAUCUCAAAGGGAUUUGGAGCUAGCCUAUGCAGAGAAGUCCGAAGCGUUACGUCAAAGGGCCACCCGAUAUUCCUUUCUACUGGCUUUGCUGGUAUAUCCAUUGGCCUUUGGCAUAGCAGCACUUUUCUUCUGGGUGUCAUACGGGACGGAAAAAAAUGUGAAUAUACUCGUAGUGACUGGUGGCAGCAAGCAAUUCGACUACAUCCUCAUCUGUCAUAUACCCACCAUCAUUUUUAUCCUUUGCCUGUUUGCCUUCGUACUUGUAUACUGGAAUGAACCCGAGAUCCGCAGCCGCGAUCACGAUUUCUUUCUCCACCUCCUUGGCAUAGGGUUACUUCAAGAAGUGGUGACAGUAUUGACGGCUGCAUUGUCACUCCAGAUGAUGCCCCUGAAAGCGAUCGACUUUAGUACUGGAACCGUGAACUCAGAUUGGGAGACCGCUAUUUUCUGGUCGUUCUUGUGUCUGUCGUUUUGUUUUAAUAUGAUUCUUAUACCAAAUUUGGCACGCAUGAGUAAUAUCAAGUAUUUAUUCUGCGAACAACGUAUUAGCGUUCCAUACUGGGUGCUACCUAUUGCAUAUGUGGUUGUGUGGUUUUGCACACACUUUGUGAGUUUGAUGUACUGCGAGUAUAAUGGAAACCACAUUUGCAGUGAAUUCGAAUUUUACUCUGGGGUGAUCGCUCUUCUGGCUAUUCAUAACAUACAUUAUUAUUACUGUGCCUGGAAGGGUCGGGAAGCGCGUCAUUGCUUCAUAGACUACAUUAGCAACCUCAGGGCUUAUACUAUAGUUUCUCUCUCCGCUUGGGCAAUAAUUGUAUACGUAAUAACCCAGGAAGACAGAGCGGCCAAUUGGUAUCUGUAUUUUUACCAACCGUGGUUCAUGUUGGUGACCCUUUCGAUGGAGAGUUUCGCGAUGAUUGUCGUAAGGGUUUUAAGUCGCAAAUGGAGUUCUGGGAACGCACUGGUAGACAUAGACAUGGUAGGCGAGCACUAUCGAGAAGCCGAAAACCGGAACAAGGGCGUCAAAGAACUGCUCGAGAACAAGAACACGCGGAGAAUCGUACAGGAUGUAGCUCGUCGACUGCGAUGUGAAGAGCAUGUCGACUUUCUGAUCGCAGUGUAUGCCUGCAACAAGACUGCUCCAUUAUCGAUCAGUAUGGUAUUUUCGAUAGCUGCACAAUUCAUUGAGGUAUCCAGCCCUCUGCAAAUUAAUAUAGACCAAAGUUGUCGCCAGAAAAUAUUGGACUUGAUUAACAAUGAGGGAACAUAUUAUGCAACCACCGAACCCCUAUUUCGCGACGCCGUAGCUCACGUGACAAAACUCAUAGUUGACAAUUGUAUGCCUGAGGUGUACACCAGUCUCGAGUACAAGAAAUGGGCCAUAAUCGAGAAAAGGAAUAUGCUGGAUCGUUUCUAAGGAGGGGAGGGUUCCGACCCAUUUUAACAUUUAUGAACAAUUCGGGUGCUUCAUCAGACCCCUGACAAUUCGUUUGCCAGAUAUUGUUGACCAACGGAAAGCAAUUGAAUUCCCAGGUCGGCAUUGUAUGUAAAACACUGCUGCUCACAGAAAGAAGGGCAAAGCACAAUAUUAGGAUGCCUCAAGAUACAGCAUUCACAUAACGCGACGAUACCAGCGAAGUGAUGAGACUAUUAACAGCCAACCGUCUGUCAUACAUACAAUAGGGCCGACCAGGCUUCCGACUGCGAUAGACGUUGUUCGUUCGCGAGAGAAGAACGCUAAUUCGCACAUGCAAAUCGACACAUAUUAGUAGACCGUACGUGAAGCACGAGGGUUCGUCUUCAAUUGUUGCGGUACAAGAUACUGUUUAAAUACUUGAACCACGGAGUACCAGUUAUGAUAUAUAUUAAAAGCAUUUCUAUUCGCAGGGUUAGCAUGCGCUAGGUUGUUGUGCCAAUUCAGGCGUACUGCGCCACUUUACUUGAAUAAAAUAAACACGGAGAGAUUCACAGCUAGGAAGAUGAACGUACUGCAAAUGAGUGCAACCAGUAGUCAAAGGUAGCAUUUUGUAGCAAGACACCAGGUUAUUGUCGUCAAUGUUUCAAAUCCAUGUUUAUACUAAAAGCCAAUCUUCCGGGUACAUUGAAAAUUUCAAAUCCACCUAAUCUAGCAAGCGAUUCCAGAUGAUCGGGUUGUAUAUGUUACAGUCCACAUCUCACAUUGAGGGGAGUAAUCACACUUUUCGUGGAUUUUCAUUUUCGAUUACCCCAGAGCCCAGUACCUCUCGUGCAAUUGCCUUCAUGAUGGAACUUUUAAAAAAAAGGCCUUCUCACGUGUCUCCUGCAUCAAUCAUUUCAUAGCCUCCUGAAUCAUACAAGAAGGCUAUGUUUAUUUUUAUUAUUAUUGAAGUCUGCAUACAGAGAGUUACGACAUGCAUUUAUUCAUCAUAAGGAAGAACAUUGACAACUUUUCCAUUUACCAGAAGAGUGCGGGGGGCUGGGGAGUGUGAGACUCAGACCGGGCACUGGGCCAGUGGGCGCUGUACGAACAUGUACCGACGUUGUGAUCCAAAGUCGCAUACCUCCUGUACACCAUCGGCGGUGAGCCGAUGACUGGGACAUGCAUUGUCUCAUGCCUGGUGCACUCACAGCUGAUGGCUGCUUCAGUGUCACAGUCUUGUGAAAUGCGAAGUAUACAUAUCACAUAUCACCCGUGCCGACUGACAUUCCUGCGAGUCGCAGGAAUUCAAUACAAAACGACCCAAAAAAACAAUGAAAUUAUUAGUACUAAAAUUAGGUACUGUA